AUGGCCCAGUAUGCCACGUCAGCGGGAUGGCAGCACCACCAAGUCCAGGCACAACUGCAGCAGCAGCAGCAGUAUCCUCACUUGCUGUGGCCGCAGCAGAACGCCUUCUUGGCGACAGGCAGUGCCAGCUGUUGGAGUUGGCGUCCGGCUUCGCCAGCACAACCGCUGCAGAGCUUGUGGCCACCACGCUCACCUUCCCCGCCAUGGGAGCCACCGGUGCGAGACCCUGCUGUGGAGGCUAUGAUCCAGGAGCUUGGCAUCACCGCCUCCGAAGAGAAGGACUUCGCAUGGACCCGUGGCCGCAGCGGCGAAUCUGUGACGGGCCGUCCGCGGCGCCCGAAGGACAUUGGAGGGGCCAAGCCGACCUACCACGAGGUUCCAGCACGUCAUCAGCACUUCGAGAGGCUGGACUCGGAAGAUGAGCUGCGCGGCAUCGAAGAGGCCUGCUUCAUACGAUGGAGCACUGCAGCUCAGGAUGCUGCCGAUCUUGCAUCCGAGCCGAGCACCAGCAGCCGCUACCGAGCUCAAGGAGAUGGAAAAGGAGCUGAACUGCCAACUCCUCGGCUCACCAAGCGCCGCUUAAAAGCCACGCAGGUGCAGGCAGACAUGAUUUGGAGGAAAUACUAUAUUCCUGCUUCCCGCCUCCCGGAGCUUCUGGCGCAGCGAGAAGAGCAGCACACAAAGUUUAAGGAGCUGCAGAGCAAGAGCACUGAAGCCAAGAAUAAAUGGCACAGAGCCUUCGACUUCAUGAUGGAAGGCAAUGAUGUUGAUCGUGCCCUUCGCAAUGUACGCGACAUUUCCAGCAAGAUUCGACAAUACAUGUUCUUUGGUGAAAGUGAAAACGCUGUCCUGAAGCUGCAGAGCACGUUAGCUCAGUACCACCGUACUUGGGAUCAAAAGCGCUAUGGCAGACUGACAGCAGGCCUCAGUGAUAUCGCAAGGCUGGCCUAUCCAAUCGAACAAUUGAUCGACACACGCACCUUUGAGUGCCAUGAAAUUGUGCAGCAAGAGCUGAGUGUGGCAAUUCAGAAUGAACUGACUCGUCGCGCUGAACCCAUGGAGCUGCAGCGUAUGGAUCGUGAGACGGACAACGUUCUGCAGCAAUCCGAGGUUGCCAGGUCGAGCAUCAACAGGAAAUUGGAUGAUUUGCGGCAUUCGAUCCAGCGGACAGCAAGGGACGCAGGCGCUUUCAUACAGCGUGUCAAGAUGACCUUGCAGCAAGUGCUGGCUGACAUCAAUGAGUUCACCACGGCGCAUGCCAACAUGAAGAAGGCGGAGAAAGAUUACAAGGCAGACAUGUUUGACCAACAGCGGCGGAACGAUGGCUACAAGGAAUCACUUGAGAAGCUCGAAGCUCGCAGAAAGCUAGCAGAAGCAAGGUUGCAGGCUGAUCUGGAAACCUUGCGCUCUGAGCAUACCAUUCUCCGACGCACCCUGGAAACCCUCAUCAAGAUGCAUGAGGAAAGCCGAACCAGGGCGACCGAGAUCGCCAGCUGGUUACAAGUACUUGCUGGUCAGAGAUUGGAGAGGACUUCGGAGCUCAUGCUCGAUGUCCACGAGUUGCGGAUCCGGCGCCGGCGAGCAAUGUUUAAGCGCUUGCACUGGCUGGACGUGCAACGCAUAGUUUCUAUUGUUGCUCAGUUAAGAGCAAGAUUGGCCACGUCCAGCGAAAAGCUUCGGAAAGCCAGGCUUCAAAAGGAGGUGGAACUGUAUCGGUCCAUCACCAGCGAAGCCAAAGUCUUGAAGCUCGAGCUGCGUGGACGUUGCCGAGAGCUCAAUGGAGAUGGCACCGUGAAGGACGCUGAGGCCUUGCAAAAGGUGCUGAAAGGAGCAGAACAGUCCUGCCAGGGAUUCUUCAGUGUGCUGGCAGAGGAGCUCCAUGCACAAGCGCAAUGGCUUCGACGACACCAAAUUUGGGUUGGCCUUUCUGCGCAAACGUUCACUCUGAUACGACCGGGGUGCAAACAUGGCAGUGAAAGCUAG